AUGAGAGCAAGUUUACAUGAAAUGUUAAUAAAAGACCAAAUGAAAUAUAAUCAUAAUAAUAAAGAGGAACAGACAUUUCCAGAUUGUGACGAAAUUUUCCAAAGUAUUCAAGAAAACCAAGUUAAUGUGAAAAAUGCAUUAUGUAUUGCAAUGGGCGGACUUACGGAAUAUAUGGAAAGAUUUACAAAUUUUAUCAAUAAUACGCAAGAAAAUGAAAAAAUUAAGCAAGAAAAUGAAACAAUUAAGCAAGAAAAUGAAGCAAUUAAGCGGGAAAAUGAAACAAUUAAGCAGGAAAAAGUUAAAGCUGUAGAAACGCUAGAAAUUAUAGUCCAAGCCAUUAAAAAUAGUAAAAGUAUUGGUAAUUUUGGAAAUGACGAUAGAUAUGAAAGAUGA